AUGGGGGAGCAGCAGAGCUCGCUGAGCACCCCGCGGGCGGCCGCCGCGCCGCCGAGCCCGGUCGGAGACCCGCGGGAGCCCGGCCCGGACGAGCCGCCUUCGCCGCGAGAGGCGGUCCCGGGCGGCGGGGCGGCCGGGCCGGGGCGAGGCGGAGACCUGCCGCCGGCCGCCGCCGGCCCGGAGCGGCGAGGAGCCGAAGAGGAGGCGGAGGCGGCGGCCGGGCCGGAGCAGCCGCCGGGCUCGGGGGAACCGGCGGCCCCGGCGGAGGAGGGGCCGGAGGGAGGCAGCGGCCGCCGCCGCCCCCCCCGGCGGCACGUGUACUGCACCGUCUACUGCGUAGAGAAUGACCGGCCGGCGGCGGCCCCCGGCUCCCCCCGCGGCGGCCCGGGCGUGGGGCAGCCCCCCGCGCGGCGCGGGGUGGUGUCGGGCGACGACCCGCUGUCGUCCGGCGGUAGCAUCGAGGUGGUGGACUUGUACCUGCUGCCCGAGCCCUUCUCCGGGCUGAUCGCGGGCGAGUUCGGGCCGCUGCUGGUGCUGAGCUGCCGCGUGUGCCUGGAGGAGAAGCCCAUCAAGCCCCUGUCCUGCUGCAAGAAGGCGGUGUGCGAGGAGUGCCUCCGGCGGUACCUCAGCUCCCAGGUGCAGCUGGGACAAGCGGAUAUAAAAUGCCCCAUCACAGAGUGCAGCGAACACCUGGAUGAAACUACUGUGCUCUAUAACCUGCCCCAUGACGACAUCAUCAAGUAUAAAUACUUCCUGGAACUCAGCCGCAUUGACUCCAGCACCAAGCCAUGCCCUCAGUGCAAGCACUUUACAACCUUCCGGAGGAGAGGCCACAUUCCUACCCCUGCCAAAUUGGAGAACAAAUACAAAAUCCAGUGUCCAUCUUGCCAAUUUGUCUGGUGUUUCAAGUGCCACUCUCCCUGGCAUGAAGGCGUUAACUGCAAAGAAUACAAGAAGGGAGACAAGCUGUUACGUCACUGGGCCAACGAAAUCGAACACGGGCAGAGGAAUGCCCAGAAGUGUCCAAAAUGCAAGAUCCACAUCCAGAGAACCGAAGGGUGUGACCACAUGACCUGUUCACAGUGUAACACUAAUUUCUGUUACCGUUGUGGGGAGAGAUACCGCCAGCUGCGCUUCUUCGGAGACCACACGUCAAACCUCAGUAUCUUUGGAUGCAAAUACCGCUACCUCCCCGAGAGACCACAUCUGAGGAGAUUAGUGCGAGGCUCUGUCUGUGCUGGAAAACUACUCAUUACACCCCUAAUAUUGGUUCUGGGACUGGCACUGGGAGCCGUAGCUGUUGUAAUAGGUUUAUUUGUGUUUCCUAUCUAUUGCCUUUGUAAAAAGCAGAGGAAAAGGUCACGGACAGGUAUGCCCUGGUGAGGACGGACGUUGCUGCCUGAACUGAGCUGGUCCUGCAAGGGCUAUCCGUGUUUUGUGCAACAGAGCAAUACAGUGCUGGUUACAGCAUCACAGCCACCGCCCUGGAAGAAGGAUGGGGGCUCUCCUGCCAUCUUCCCUCAGCUGAAAACACUACUGCAGACCAGAAAGCCUCUUUGCUCUGGUGCACUCUCAACAAGAUGGGCCCCCUGACUGCUGCUUUUUAAAUGU